CAAUGUAUACUAUCGAGUUUCAAAAACGUGGCCUAUCCCCAUGCUCACAUACUCUUAUUUCUUCACCCCACAUCCAAGCUACCCACUACAGACGACAUUGACAAGAUUAUAUCUGCAGAAAUACCGGACAAGGUUGAAGAGCCAGAACUCUAUGAUGUGAUUAAAGAUAUGAUGAUUCAUGGUCCUUGUGGAGCUGCUAAUAUGAAUUCUCCAUUUAUGGAGAAUGGAUUGUGUUCAAAGUCGUUCCCCAAAGCAUUUGCUGCGAACACCACAGUCAAUAAGGAAGGGUUUCCUUUUUACAGAAGGCGUGAGAAAUCAGACAGUUUUGUAGAGAAGAAUGGGUUUAAGUGUGAUAACCGGUAUGUUAUUCCGUAUAACAAGAAGCUGUCUCUACGUUAUAGAGCUCACAUUAAUGUGGAGUGGUGCAAUCAAGCUAGUUCUAUUAAGUACUUUUUUAAGUACAUUAAUAAAGGAAAGGAUCGGGUUACAGUUGCUGUUGAACCUCCUGCUCACAUCGUUGACAGUAUGUUGGCAAGUGAAGGAAAUGUAGCUACCGAACCUCCUACCAGUACAAAUAGGAAUGUGACUUCUAAUGUGGAGGGAAAUGUUGUUGAUGGCACUGAAGGAAGUCUAGAGAAGAAGAAGAAUGAAAUAAAUGACUUUUUGAUUGCAGAUAUGUCUCUGCUUAUAGUAAUCUUCAAGGGGAAAGACAAAAUCAAAACUGUUGUCACCAGAAAACUCAUCGAGAAUACCAUGUUCCUCGCCUGGUUAGAGUUGAAUAAGAUUGAUGAUCUUGCGAAAACUCUAACCUAUGCUCAAAUACCAAACUUCUUCACAUAUAACAAGAAGUGGAUUAGGCGAAAAAGAGGUUUUAGCAUUGGUAGGAUUAACUAUGCUCCGCGGAAACAAGAAGAUGCUUACUUUUUGCGUGUGUUGUUGAACGUUGUUAAAUGGCCAACCUGUUACGAAGACUUCAAAACUUAUGAAGGUGUUCUUUACCCUAGCUACAAGCUGGCAUGUUUUGCUCGUGGGUUACUAGAUGAUGAUCAGGAGUACAUUGAUGAUAUCUUAAGGAGAAGUUAUGAGAGCACAUCAAUUGAACUGCGCCAAAUUUUUGUUAUGAUGCUGAUGAAUGACAGUUUGUCUAUGCCAGAGUAUGUGUGGGAACGUACAUGGGAGUGUCUUUCAGAGGAUAUCGAGUAUAAUCGCCGAAAUUUUUUCAAACGUCCAGAGAUUGACAAUCUUUUGAAGCGUAAUGGUACUUAUCUUGCCAAAUUCGAAACCAUGCCAAAACUGCCUGAGACAAGCCGCCAUGAUUCAAAUGUCUUGAUCCUAGAUGAGGGGAACUAUUCACGUGAAUCAUUGCUACAAACUGUUGAAGAAGACAGCCGCAAAAUGACUGAUGAGCAGAAUAAGGUUUAUGAGGAGAUCCUUUCGGCUGUAUAUGAGGGAACAGGUGGUAUGUUCUUUGUUGAUGGAUUUGGUGGUACUGGUAAAACAUUCCUCUGGAAAUUAUUGUCUGCAAGUAUUAGAAGUCGAGGUGAUAUUGUUUUAAAUGUGGCAUCAAGUGGGAUUGCUUCAUUGUUGUUGCAAGGUGGUAGGACUGCUCAUUCAAGAUUUGGGAUUCCAUUAAAUCCAGAUGAGUUUUCUUCGUGUACUAUGUCGCAUGGAUCUGAUCAGGCUAAUUUAGUGAAGGAGGCAUCACUCAUUAUAUGGGACGAAGCUCCAAUGAUGAGCAAGUUUUGCUUUAAAGCACUGGAUAGAAGCUUGGCUGACAUAAUGGGAAACAAUAGCGACAGUCCUUUUGGUGGAAAAGUCAUUGUUUUUGGUGGUGAUUUUAGACAGGUUCUCCCUGUAAUUAAUGGAGCUGCAAGAGCAGAAAUUGUGUUGGCAGCACUCAAUAGAUCAUAUCUCUGGGAACACUGCAAAGUGCUUAAACUGACCAAGAAUAUACGAUUGUUAACAUGUUGCUUGUCUGUUGAAGAUGCAAAAGAUCUAAAAGAGUUUUCUGAGUGGAUUCUGAAAAUAGGGGAUGGUAAAGUUAAUGAGCCUAAUGACGGGGAAGCAGAGAUUGAAAUACCUAGAGAGUUUUUGAUUACUGACGCAGACGAACCUAUAGAAGCAAUCAGCAAAGCUGUCUACGGUGAUUCUGUUUCACUUCAAGAGAACAAAGAUCCUAAGUUUUUUCAACAAAGAGCAAUUCUAUGUCCAACAAAUGAGGAUGUUAAUAUGAUCAACGAGUACAUGUUGGAUAGACUUCCUGGUGAAGAAAAGAUCUAUAUUAGCGCAGAUAGUAUAGAUCCAUCAGAUAAGAUUUCUGCAAACAAUGAAGCAUUGGGUCCCGAUUUCCUUAACACUAUCAAGGUUUCUGGUUUGCCUAACCAUAGCCUGAGACUCAAGGUUGGGUGUCCUGUGAUGGUUUUAAGAAACAUUGAUCCGUCUGCUGGUUUAAUGAAUGGAACAAGACUUCAGAUCACCCAGCUAAUGGAUUUGAUGGUUAAAGCAAAGAUUAUUACUGGAGAAAAGGUGGGCCAUACAGUUGAUAUUCCUAGGUUGUUAAUCACACCAUCAGAUACUAGAUUGCCAUUUAAGAUGCGCAGAAGGCAAUUACCUUUGGCUGUAGCAUUUGCAAUUACUAUAAAUAAAAGUCAAGGUCAAUCAUUGUCUGAAGUGGGUAUCUUUCUACCGAGACAUGUGUUUUCACAUGGGCAGCUCUAUGUUGGUGUUUCAAGGGUUACAUCUAAAAAAGGAUUGAAGUUAUUGAUUGUUGGCAAAGAUGGCAAACCUCAGACGAAAACUAUGAAUGUUGUGUUCAAAGAGAUUUUCAACAAUCUCUGA